AUGGAUGUGCCGGAAGAGACGAGGCUUCGCCACAAGCGAGAUUUUCUCCAGUUUCUCGAAGACACUUACAUGGAUGAGAUCAAGGCUUUGGUACAGCACAAUCGUCACCGUCUCAUUGUUAAUGUCUCUGACAUUCAUACCCACUUCCGUGAUUCUGCUUCUAGGAUACUGAAGAAUCCGAUUGAGUACAUGCAGUCAUUUUGUGACGCAGCUACUGAAGCUACCCGCAACAUUAACCCAAAUUACUUGAAGGAAGGAGAGCAAGUCCUUGUUGGAUUUGAAGGUCAUUUUGUUUCUCGCCGUGUCACGCCUAGAGAGCUUCUCUCUGAGUUUAUUGGAUCUUUGGUCAGUGUUGAGGGCAUUGUCACCAAAUGCUCUCUUGUGAGGCCAAAGGUUGUUAAAAGUGUACACUUUUGUCCAUCAACUGGUGAAUUUACCAACCGAGAAUAUCGAGACAUAACGUCUCACGCGGGUUUACCCACUGGGUCUGUCUAUCCAACAAGGGAUGAUAAUGGCAACUUAUUGGUGACUGAGUAUGGGCUGUGCAAAUACAAAGAUCACCAGACCUUGUCAAUUCAAGAAGUGCCUGAAAAUGCUGCUCCUGGUCAGCUUCCACGAAGCGUGGAUGUCAUAGCUGAGGAUGACCUUGUUGACUCAUGCAAGCCAGGAGAUCGAGUAGCUAUUAUCGGCAUUUACAAAGCUCUUCCGGGAAAAAGCAAGGGUAGUGUAAAUGGAGUCUUUAGGACUAUUCUCAUAGCCAAUAAUAUUGCUCUGCUCAACAAAGAAGCAAAUGCACCUAUAUACACCUCGCGAGACCUAAAGGAGAUUAAAAAGAUUGCAGCAAGAGAUGAUGCAUUUGAUCUCCUUGGUAGUUCUUUAGCACCUUCUAUCUAUGGGCACUCUUGGAUAAAGAAAGCAGUAAUCCUACUGAUGCUUGGCGGUGUUGAAAAGAACCUCAAGAAUGGAACCCACUUAAGAGGGGACAUCAACAUGAUGAUGGUUGGUGAUCCAUCUGUUGCCAAAUCUCAACUUCUGAGAGCAAUAAUGAAUAUUGCACCGUUGGCUAUAUCAACCACAGGCCGUGGUUCUUCAGGUGUUGGACUAACUGCUGCUGUGACGUCUGACCAAGAAACAGGGGAACGAAGACUAGAGGCUGGUGCAAUGGUUCUCGCUGAUAGAGGUGUUGUGUGCAUUGACGAGUUUGAUAAGAUGAACGACCAGGACCGAGUUGCUAUACACGAAGUGAUGGAGCAACAAACCGUAACGAUUGCCAAAGCUGGUAUCCAUGCAUCACUGAAUGCUAGAUGUAGUGUGGUUGCAGCAGCAAAUCCCAUAUACGGAACUUAUGACAGAUCACUGACUCCAACAAAAAACAUUGGACUUCCAGACUCUCUGCUAUCUCGUUUUGAUCUGCUCUUUAUUGUGUUGGAUCAAAUGGAUGCUGGUAUCGACAGUCUGAUAUCAGAACAUGUCUUGCGCAUGCAUCGUUACAAAAACGAUAGAGGUGAGGCAGGACCAGAUGGAAGCUUGCCAUACGCUAGAGAGGAAGAUGGUGAAAGUGAAGUGUUUGUUAAGUAUAACCGAAUGCUUCAUGGGAAGAAGAAGAGAAGAGGCCAAACGAACGAGAAAACUCUUACGAUUAAGUUCCUGAAGAAAUACAUUCACUAUGCCAAGCACCGUAUUGAGCCAAAGCUCACUGAUGAAGCAUCUGAACGCAUUGCAGAAGCAUAUGCAGAUCUCAGAAAUGCAGGUUCUGAUACUAAGACUGGAGGUACGCUCCCGAUAACAGCAAGAACUCUAGAGACAAUAAUCCGUCUUGCCACGGCACAUGCUAAACUGAAGUUAAGCAGAGAGGUUACUAAAGUCGACGCAGAGGCUGCCUUGAAGCUUAUGAACUUUGCAAUAUAUCAUCAAGAAUUGACAGAGAUGGAUGAACGUGAGCAAGAAGAACGUCAAAGAGAACAAUCAGAACAAGAAAGAGCACCAAGUGGUGGUCAUAGAGGCAACCAACGCAGCACUAAUGAUACUGGAGAAGAGAAUGGAUCUGCAAAUGUUGAAACUGAAAGAGCAGAUCCAAUGGAAGUAGACGACCCUCCUGCGGAGCAAUUCAGUGGCACGGUCUCUGCAGCAAGGAUUGAAGCAUUUGAGCGAGUGUUUGGGCAGCACAUGAGGACACAUAGGCUCGAAGACAUUUCUAUUGCGGAUAUAGAGACGGUAGUCAACAACAAUGGAGUUGGAGCUUCUCGUUACUCUGCAGAUGAGAUUAUGGCUCUAUUAGAGAAACUGCAAGAUGAUAACAAAGUGAUGAUCAGCGAUGGGAAAGUUCAUAUCAUAUGA